GUUAUUCGCGGAUAGAGGACGCUGCUGCACACAAGAACAACUUGCUGCCGAACUUUCAUCUGUCACGACAACAAAGUAUAACUUUCCUUCAUGGAGAGAACAAACCUGCCGUGACUUACCGUGAGGAUAUACCAAUGGAAACAGCGAAUAACAGCAACGAGGACCCGAAAUUAACUCCAGACCCAGGAGGACAGACGCGGGAUCGGUCACCAACAGAGAAAGUGUUUGGUCGACGGCUGAGUGAACCAGGGCGCUUCGCGUAUGCCGGGUUAUGUGGAGUGUCUUUGGGGCAGCUGUUUCAAGGACCCGAGCAAAAACGUUUUCGCGAGACGUUUUUGGAGGGUCUCGUUCGGUGGCUGGAUCUUGACGAGUCGGUCAUGCCGGUCAUGCAAGCGUUCCUGGCAGGGCUCGGGUUCGAAGGCUCGGACACCUUUCUGUCCAUCUUGCAUGCGGAGCCGCUGCUCGGAGCCGGAGCUUUAGCCAUCACUCAGGAUCUUGUGUCGUUCUCUGUCAAAGAUGGACAUUACGACGCCAGGGCUCGAGUUCUGAUCCGACAUGUCAGCUGUCUGCUGCGUGUGACCCAACAGCAGCUGGAGGAUUUUGAAGAGACUCUCGGAGAGAAAUUGAGAGAGGCAGGAGAGGAGAGCGAAGAAGAGUCAUCGAGGAGACAGAAGAAAGAGAGAGGUCGUAAAUUGCGCCGGUAUCUGCUCAUCGGACUUGCCACUGUGGGUGGAGGGACGGUGAUUGGUGUUACAGGAGGGCUGGCGGCUCCUCUGGUGGCGGCCGGGGCCGGAGCAGUGCUGGGAGCGGGCGGAGCCGCUGUCCUGGGAUCAGCCACGGGCAUCGCCAUCAUGGCCUCCUUGUUUGGAGCCGCAGGGGCCGGGUUAACAGGCUAUAAAAUGAACAAGCGUGUUGGUGCUAUAGAGGAGUUUGAGUUUCUUCCGAUGAGUUCUGGAAAGCAUCUUCAUCUCACUAUAGCUGUGACAGGCUGGCUGUGCAGCGGCAAAUACAGUUCGUUCCAGGCUCCCUGGUCCAGUCUAGGAGCGUGUGGCGAGCAGUACUGUCUGAAAUGGGAGUCACGUUAUUUAUUGGACCUGGGCUCUAUUCUGGACUCAUUAUGGGAUGGGCUUGUUAGUGUCGUGGCUCAGGAGGCCCUCAAAUACACAGUGCUCUCAGGAAUAGUAACGGCUCUGACAUGGCCUGCCUCUCUGCUAGCCGUGGCCAGUGUGAUCGACAACCCCUGGGGAGUGUGCCUGAGUCGCUCAGCUGAGGUGGGAAAACACCUCGCUCAGGUGCUCCGGAGCCGACAGCAGGGAAAGCGGCCUGUCAAUCUAAUUGGAUUUAGCCUUGGAGCUCGUGUCAUCUACUUCUGCCUAGAAGAGCUCGCUAAUGAUCAAGGUAGCGAAGGUGUGGUGGAGGAUGUGGUGCUGCUGGGGGCCCCUGUGGACGGAUCCGAGAAAGCAUGGAAGAGACUGUCCAGGGUAGUGGCUGGGAAGAUUGUUAACGGAUAUUGCAGAGGGGAUUGGCUUCUUGGAUUCCUGUAUAGAAGUUCAUCAGUGCAGCUGUCCGUCGCUGGGCUCCAGCCAAUCAGCUCACAAGACCGCAAAAUAAUCAAUGUGGAUCUGUCAUCAGUGGUAAAAGGACACCUGGACUAUAUGCGUCAGAUGGACACCAUCCUAGUAGCAGUAGGGGUUCCUACCAGAGAAGAAGCUGGAGCCAUCAGCAGCAAACUACAGCUGGUACAUUUAUCUCAGGAAAAAACAGGCACUACAGAAUCAGCUGGUCAGAGCAGAGUCAAAGGGGAAUUAUCCAUGGACAUUUCAAACACAGAUCCCUCAGACACCACAGAGGCAAAUGUAGAUGAAUGCAAGAAACAGACUGGAGACAGGGAAAAGUGCGAAAGGAAGGACUCUGAGAAUGGCUGGGACAUCCCUGAUAUAUCUGAUUUACUGGACUCCAUCAGUGAAUGUGAUGGCGUCCCUGAACCCCGUCAAGGGAACAUGCAUUCUCCAUGCUCUCUCGGACUCAAGGUUCAUGUUCAACCAUCUCAAGAUCGAGGUAAAAGAGACAGAGAAAGUCAAAGUGAGACAGACUGUGAGCACACAUCCUGGGACUGGGACGACACGAACUGGACUACUGAAUGCACAAACACAGCCUACCAGUCGCACAAUGGAGCACAGGAACAGUUAGUCAAUGGCAAACUUGCUGGUUCUGAGCCAGGAGCAAUGAAAUCAUGACAUUUCCUUAAUUCAUAAUUUGCAAAACGUGGGUCGGUUCUAGAUGGUAACCCCUAUUCCAGGAAACUCCUAAGAUUUGCAUUUGCAGCUACCAAGAUUAAUGGGUUACUCCUCCCCAAAAUGAAAAUUUUGUCAUGAAAUACUUAACCCCAAGUCGUUCCAAACCCGUAAAAGCUUUCGAGGCUUGACUGCCAAAUAAUUAACACUGUCUAGGCCGGUUUUCAUCCUAAAUAUCUUAAAUAGUUUUUCCGAAGACAAACUAAGCUUUUGGAAUGACAUAGGGGUAGGUAAUUAAUGACAAAAUUGGGUGGAGUAACCCUUUAAGGUCUGAGCAUAAGUUCACUGUGGAACUCAAAUAAGUGUUUGAAUGCAAUGUGAAUCUCACAAGACUUUUAGCAGAAUAAGGGUGACCAUCUAGACACCACCCAGAGUGUAACUUGCCAAUAUAAGCUAGAACCAACAGGAACCUUGGGUUUUUGUCACUUCAGAAUUGUCUAUUAAGUUAUUUGUGGAUAUCAUCGAUUAUAUAUGCAUAAACACAGCCCAUCUCUUGCAAACUGAAGCAUAGAAACAGUUAAUGGCAAACCUGCUGGUUCUGAGCCAAGAGCAAUGAUAUUUCAUAUUUCAUGAAACAUGAUAUUUCCUUAAUUCACAACUUGUGGGUCAGGUCUAGAUGGUAAACUUUGUUCCAAGAAACUCUUGAAAUUCACAUUUGCUGCUACCAAGAUUAAGGGUUAGGCGUAGGGUUGCUGUGGGACUCAAAUAGACACAGUGUUUAAAUGUAGCAUGAAUCUCACACGACUUUUAUUGAAAGAAGAGUUACCAUCUAGACCACACAAUGUAAAUGAUCAAUGUAAGUUAAAACCAGCUGGAACACUGGCUUUUCAUUCUGGGAUUGCCUAAUAAUAUAAAGUUAUUUGUGGAUAUCAUCUCUAAUUAAUAUUAAUAAUAGAUUUUAAGCACUGCUAAAUAUAAUUUGUGAUACACUGCUAUGUGAAAACUGUCAGUAUUCUGUAUACACCAUUUGCCCCCUUCAUUAAAGAGGUUUGUUGUUUAAUUAAGAUGUGAAUUACAAGCUCCACAGACAACCCACUUGA